CUGAGUCUUUCUGACACCAUCAACUUCGUCAACCAUAUCUUCACACAUAACUCUGUUAAAUAACAAAAAAAAAAUCAGAGAAUGUCACAUAAUUCAAAAAACUAAACAAAGAUUUUAACAUACCAUGAUGUUAAACUACUUCAAUAUUUUGUUAUGUUGUAUGAUUUUCUUUUUCGGCCUGAUUAAUGGCCAAGCAUUUUUCUGCCCAAACACAACUUCUUACAGUCCCAACAGCACUUACAGCUCUAAUCUCAAAGCCCUCUUAUCAUCUUUGUCCUCUAAUUCUUCGAGUCCGAAUGGAUUUUACAACUCCACAGAGGGUCAAGUUGGGUCCGAUAUAACGUAUGGCCUGUUUUUAUGCAGGGGAGACGUUUCCCCUGACGAUUGUCAAAAUUGCGUGUCAACAGUUACUAAAGAAAUAACCUCGGAAAAUUAUUGUUCCAACGGAAAAAUUGCUGUCCUUUGGGUCGACCAAUGCCUAGUACGUUACUCAAAUGAACCUAUCUCUGGGUCGAUUAGUUAUACUUGGUUUAAUACACAGAAUGUUAGUGACCCACAAAGGUUCUUGUCACAUCUUUUCUUGUCACUUCUUGAAAAUGUGUUGAAUGAAUUACCAACUAUGGCUGCAAAUGUAAAUAAUAGUUCGGGGAAAAAAUUUGCUACUAAAGAAGCAAAUUUUUCGUCAUCUGAGAGAGUUUACACAUUUGCACAGUGCGUACCCGAUCUCUCUAUUUCUUCUUGUGAAAAUUGCCUGAGAACUGCUAUCUGGAAUCUGUCGAGUGUUGGUGCGAAAGGCAGUAGAGUUCUGGCUCCGAGUUGUACCCUUAGGUACGAGUUGUACCCUUUUUACAAUGUUACUGCGUUCGCGCCACCACCUGCACCACCAGUUCGUGGUUCUCCUCCACCUUCUUCGCCCGGUUCUACAGGCAGCGAUAGAGGAAAAGGGGGAAUUUCAUCUGGUGUAAUCGCUGCAAUAGUCGUUCCAAUUGCUGUUUCAAUUCUACUCUUCAUAUUUGGUUUCUGUUGGCUAAGACAUAGAGCAUCACGAGAAUUCAAUUUUGUAGAAGAUACGACAGAUGCAGAUGAAAUUUCAACAGCUGAAUCCUUGCAAUAUCAAUUGAACAUUAUUCGAGCUGCCACGACUAACUUCUCAACCGACAACAAAAUUGGUGAAGGCGGAUUUGGUGUUGUCUACAAGGUGAAGGUAAACUUCCUAAUGGACAAGAGAUAGCUGUGAAGAGGCUAUCGAGAAGUUCAGGGCAAGGCAUAGAAGAAUUUAAGAAUGAGAUCGUAUUGAUCGCCAAUCUUCAACACAGAAAUUUAGUGAGACUACUGGGAUAUUGCUUUGAAGGAGAGGAAAAGUUACUUAUCU